AUGGAAGAGCCAAAGGAGCCCACCGGCGGCCGGGACUCGACCGAGGACGAGAGCGUGUCCCUGUCACCCAACCUGCCAUCCCCCGCCAUCAUCCUCCCGCACCAGGCCGCCCAGCAGGCUCACAGAACCACCAACUUUUUUAUCGACAACAUCCUGCGGCCAGACUUCGGCUGCAAAAAGGAGCCGGGCUGCCGCGAGCGGAACCAGACGGCGGGCAGAGAAAACAUCAACCCGCUGGCGGCGAGGCCGCACGCCGGCAGCCUCUGCUUGGACUCCAACUGCAGCAGCGACAGCGCCUCGUCGUCGCCGUCCUCGUCCUCGUCCUCGUCGUCCUCGUCGUCCUCGUCGUCGCCCUCGUCCAAGCAGAACUCGGCCAAACAAGCCGAAGCGGCGAGCAACGGCGGCGGCAGAUACGCAGACAGCCCCUCGGCGAUCGUGGUGAUGAACGGCGGCAACGGAGCGUCGCAGCCGGCGCAGAAGGAGCAGCCCGGCAUGCUGUGGCCAGCCUGGGUGUACUGCACGCGCUACUCGGACCGGCCCUCAUCUGGGCCGAGGACACGCAAACUGAAGAAGAAGAAGAGCAGCAAGGAGGACAAGCGGCCCAGGACGGCGUUCACGGCCGAGCAGCUGCAGAGACUGAAAGCCGAGUUCCAGGCCAACCGCUACAUCACGGAGCAGCGAAGACAGUCGCUGGCCCAGGAACUCAACCUGAACGAGUCCCAGAUCAAAAUCUGGUUCCAGAACAAGCGGGCCAAGAUCAAAAAGGCCACGGGCUACAAGAACGGCCUGGCGCUUCAGCUCAUGGCCCAAGGACUGUACAACCACUCGACCACCACCGUGCAGGACGAGAAGGAGGACAGCGAGUAG